GCUUCAGUCGCGCGUCAUGUUUGGCGCCAGCAUUUUCGCGGGGAGUGAGGAGUGGAAAGACGCAGCGCAGUCUUGAUAGCUUAUAAACACUGUUGUAUAAACUCCUCCGAAUUCUUUGAUAUACAUCGUGUGUCGAUGAUAUCGCCUUCAGUGGUUGUUAGCGUGUCCUCAGGCGCGAGGUUGUGAGGAUGAUGGCUGCGGUACCUCUAUCUAGUGCUAGCCUCCUUCCUCUUCUGGAGUGUCUGGAAGAUGAAGCAGCUGGGCUGUCGGCGCAGACAGAUGCCUACAUCACCAUUGCAAACCGUCUCAAUGGAGAGGAAGGGCGUCAGUUUCUGCCUGUGGUUGUAAAGCAUUUUGCACGUCUUAGUAAAGUCCUUUUGGUUCAUAUCUCCAGUGAGAACGAGGAGCUGUGUCAAGCUGCACUGCAGGCUUUGGGAUUCUGUGUCUUCCACUCACUCAUCGUUUCAGUCAUACCAGCAAAUAUUUCAGAAGAUAUACUGUCUACGCUCUGUAAUGUUGUGGUAAAAUCCAAGGAGAAGUUUACGUGUACACGAGCAUUAUGGGUGAUUUCAAAACAGAAUUUUCCGCCAGAGGUGACAUCCAAAAAGGCCCCAGAGAUUCUCAAGAGUCUAGAGGCCAUGCAGACCCGAGAGGUUCAGUCGAUCCUCAUUGACCACGAGUCCCUCAAUGUCAUCAUAAGGUUGCUGGAGCAGGCCCCCUCUCAGAUGGCUGCUGGAGCCGUGUGCUGGGCCAAGCUGGUUAUUCCUCUCGUGGUUCACUCAGCCAAUAAGGUGCGCUUGCGUGCAGCAGCAGCCCUGGAAAUGGGCUUGCCUCUUCUUCUGGAAAAACAGCAGGAGGUGGCAGCCAUUGUGGAGCCAAUGAUGUCCUCUAUGCUCAUUCCUGAAAUGCAGAAGCUGUUUGCCUCUAAGAAUGAGACGAAUAUGCUAAAGCUCUGGCCCUUGUUUGUGAGACUUCUGGGGAAGUUGCUCCACAAAGGCGGUGCUUUUAUUAAUUCCUUGCUGUAUUUAGAGGAGCUGGGUUUCCGCAACUCUUCUCCUAAUAUUAAGAAGAUUGCUUUCAUAGCUUGGAAGAGCCUCAUUGACAAUUUUGCCCUUAAUCCAGAUAUCCUGUGCAGCAGUAAGCGCCUAAAGCUCCUCAUGCAGCCCCUGAGUUCCAUCCAAGUCAGGACUGAAGCUCUUCUGCUCACCAAGCUGGAGGUGUGGUGGUAUCUCGUAGUCAAGCUCGGACCCAACCUGUCCACUAACUUUGAGCAGGUUGGCGUACCUCUACUGCACAGCACACUUCCUUCUGAUCCUCCACUGCAGUCCCCGACUACACCUGCUCGAACCCCUAACCCAAGCAAUGGUACCCCUAAUACACCUAAAACAGGCGUUCCCUCCUGCAGCAUGCCGAGCACUACUCCUCGCAUGAAUCUGAACAGCAGUAUGCAGUCAUCUCAGUCGUACCACUCCAUUCAGCUCCUGGGACUAGAGAUGCUUCUGCACUGGCUCGUGGGUCCAGAGGUCACGGCCAUAGCUCCUAAAGAAAAUCUUCAACUCAGCCUGGAGCCCCUGACACACCCGCUCCUCACCAGCCCUUCCUUCUUUAGCAGACAUGCCUCUACCCUCAUAUCAGCCACCAGAGAAGGCUUCAUUACUGUGGGAAAACAUGCUCCAGAAGCACUUCUUAAUCUCAUUUGGAGCAACCUGAUCGGUUCUGUCAGUGCAGCAAUAGAAGCUGGUAAUAAGAAGGAACGACAGGGUUCAGAGGUCCUUACGCUUCUCCUACAGGCUCUGCAGUCCAUCUUGUCUUCAGAUGCUCUGCCUGCUGAACGUGCACUGCUUUUGUUGGAAGCCACCAUUAAAGGAAUCCCUCAAAAGGUGCUUGGUUCUGCAGCUUAUCAAGUGGCAAACAUGGAUGUGUUGAACGGUACACCUGCACUUUUCCUUAUAUUGCUAUUCUAUAAAAGUAACCAGCUUUCAUCAUUUCUUGAAGAUGAGAGGUUUUUCUCAAGCCUGGAGACCCUUGUGAGCUGCGGGUUUUGUGGACCUACAUCGCCCCUUGCAUUUGGAGAGGCUGUUUUAGGAGCAGUUAGUGGGAGUGCGGAGGAUGUUAAGAACAAAAAACAACUCUGGAGGAUGUGGAGUGUGGUGGUAAACCCUCUGACAGACACCAUCACUCAGACCAAUGAAGUGAAUCAAGGAGACGCUCUGGAGCAUAACUUCAGUGCCAUUUACAGUGCCUUGAUGUUUCCAGUCUUUCACCUCCUGCCUGGUUCAGCCCUACCCCAGAUCACUCAGAAGGCCAUGAUCAGUACUUGGUCCAGGCUUUACAAGGCAUUUGCCCGCUGCUCAGCUUUGGUAGCCACAGCGGAGGAGAACAUAUGCUGUGAAGAGCUGUGUGCCAAGAUCUCUGCCUCUCUUGACAGUGAUUCUCUGAAAAAUCUGCCUAUGCUAGAUGCAAUAGCAAAUAUCUUGCUGAUCAUCAUUGAGAGUAUGGACUUCUCUCCUUACACCCCACAGUUUCAGCAGAAGAUGAAAUCUCCUCAUACACCUUUGAGUUGGGUACGCAAGAGAAGCAAAGCUCUGGGGAAUCUCUCGACCUUCCACACUCUCCUGAUGCAGACUCUAGAUGCAUUUCUUUCUGUGGACACCUCAGAAGAAUCUGUAGAGCCCACCUGUGGAACUUUAAAUGGACUUGGCUUGACAGUGGUCUCUAUCUUGACUACUCUUUUCACUAAUAUCACAUUACCCACGUUCAUACAAGAGGUGCUGUCCACCCUCACCAAACCACUUGCACAACUUUAUGAACAAUUCUCCAGUUAUGAUGACCCAACAAAGCCCAGUGCAACACUUGGACACAAGUUGGAGAAACUAGCUACAGACCUGCUUGGCUGUCUUCAGACGCAGUUGACUCUGCACAAUGAUGAGAUGCUUGCUGUGUUGUCGCCCUUGCUCUGUGUGCUUUUUCCCCACAAGAGCAAGCAAAUUCGCACCGUGGUCACUCAGUUCUGGAAUGCCACCUUUGGAAACGCACUCACCUUGACUUACCCUGAGCCUCUUAAGUCUGUUUUAAGUCAGGCUAAGCAGAAAACUCCAUUGAUUUUACCUGGUUUUGAAGCCGUUGAUGCACCAGAUGAUUGCAGUGGACAGUAUACGGGUGACAGUUCUCAACUGGACCCACAAAUUAGUGGGGUGAAGAUGACCUCUGUUGGAAAGAGGGACUCUCUUCUGGCGAGGGCAGAAGAGCUUAAAGGAAGAGGCUCUGCACCUGUAGCAAAGCCAGUGUCUAUGAAGCUGGAUUUUGGAUCGCCCAAGCCCUUGAAUCGAGAAGCUAUUGAGGAGGAGGCAUCAGAAGAUUUUGUUUUCAUUCCACCUGAGACAAAGGAGAGAGUGCUGACUGAGCACCAGAAAGAGGUCAAAAGGACUAAACGGGUUGACAUUCCUGCUCUCUAUAAUAAUCUGGAUGCCUCCCAGGACACCACAGUCUUUUCGCAGUAUACUCAGAGUCAGGAGGAGUCCAUGGAGAACUUGACAAAAGAUGAAAGGGAUCAACCGGAGGAAGAGGCUAAGCUUCACCUGAAGGAGGUUACCCCAAGUGAAGAACCAUCCACAGAUGUUGAAGUAACCCAAGGCACCACAUCAGACAUAGAAACACCAGAGAAAUCUAUGCCAAAUAAAGAUCAAACUUCAGAGAACGAUCUGUCUCCUCCAUCCAGUGGUGUCUCAGUUGAUGUGAGUGGGCAUGAGAAAAGUGGACUAGAGGGGACCAGCCCUAAUGUAUCAAGUUCAUCUGAUAUGAUAUCUGGUACACCUCCUAAACCCAAUAGCAGACGUCAAUCGUUCAUAACGUUAGAGAAAUAUAUUGAAGGGAAAUCAAGUCCUGCAAGUGUUGCAUUUACGGGUCCACCGAUCCGGAAAUCAAGUAGACUGGAUUCUUCAAAAUCUUUGGAGUGCACUCCAAAUGACUCACAGAAUCAAACUACAAAAGAGGACUCUCAGAAAUCUCAAAACAUAAGCAGCACUGACCCAUCUGCUCAAAAUGAGAAAGCAGGGCAAGAGACCAAAGAUGAGAUUAAGUCAACGGGAGGUCAUCGUUGUGAAGGUACUGAUGAGGAAGAGGAUGUGGUACCCGAUACCCAGACCCAAGUAUCUAGUGAAGCAUCCGGUGUUAAGAGCAGUCCUGUGUCCAAAGCCAGCGUGGAGGAACAAAACUCACCUGAAAAAGAUUCACAGAGUUUUGCUAAUUCUCAAUCUAGUCAAGAACCAAGAAGGUCGAGCAGAAGGCGAAGUAAACCGGUUCGCCCAGGGGAAGAUCCAGGGGAGAUGAAAAGCAAAGAACAAGUCAAUCAGGUUGCAGACUCAAUGACAAACACACAGAAGUCAGUACUUGCAGCACCAAGUAGCACAUUGACUGGAAGGAGGAGAAGUAAGGUUCUAGAGGACACUAAAGUUGAAGGUGACCAACAGAAAAGUAAAGGAAUAAAAAGCCAAAGUGAUUCACAGAUUUUCUCUGCAGAGUCUUCACAGGCACUUCCACGGGCAAGCCGAACUGGGUCCUCUCCCCAGAGUUCACCUGUAACUCAAUCGGAUAGCCAAAGCAGAGAGAGACUGCCAACUCUCAAUGAGUCUGAGGGUCUGUCACCGGGUAGACUGACGAAGAAGACUAGAACACAACUUGAUGAAUCCACUGACAAGGAGGCAGAUGAGAACUCUCAAAAUGCUGCAUCUUCUUUAAAAAAGAAAUAUUCACAGACACCUCUUUCUGAUUCUGAGGCUGAUAGCCAGCAAACUGUCCGAACGCGAAGAACAAGGAGAUCUGAAUCUCAGUUACUGGAGAUGUCUGGUUUGCAGACCAAAGAAGAUUUGAGUCAGACAGACUCUCAAACAGUGACAGCGGUGAAGGGAAGAGCUAUGAGAAGGAGAACUGGAGAAGAAGAGCCAGACUCAAGCAGAGAUGUUACAUCAACUGUAAAUGCUGAAGAGUUAAGUGCGAGCCAAGAUUCUUCUCAAGGGCUUGGUAGAUACAGAACUCGACGAUCUAAAGGCUUGACUACCGACAAUACAGAGUCUGAAAGCCCUGAUAGCAGAGAAGAUGGGCCAAGGCCUAAAAAGAGACUUCGGAAACCCCUGUCAACUGAGGUGCUACCAGUUGCCACAGAACCUAAAUUUACUGAGAUGGUGCCAGACAAGGAGAAUGUUGAUAUUCAAUCAGAAGUUUCAAUAGAGAUGACACAGGAUGAGGCAGAUCUGAAACCUGAAACUAGUUUGGGAAUUUCAGUCAGUGAGACCAAAGAAGAGCAAGACGAUAAAGAGGUCCUUGCCCCUGUUAGUCAACCACAUGAACUGAUCAGCUCUGAAAUAGUUGAGAUAGAAUUGAAAACUGAUACAGAUGAAAAAGAGAUCAUCUGUGAUAAGGGAGAGGGUGAAGAAGCAAAUUCACUUUCACAAGCUGGAUCAGAAGAUUUAAAGACUGAUGGUUUGCGUAAAUGUCCACAUACCAGGGGACGGGGACGUGGACGUAGACGAUCUAGGAGCUGCAACUGCUUUUUAAACAACCAGGAGGUGUUCUCACAAAACAGUGACUUCCAAGAAUCACAGGAUCUGAAAAAUGAGCAGGUUCCACUUGCUGUUGAGACCCAAGAAUCCAAGGAUCUGAAAAACGAGCAGGUUCCACUUGCUGUUGAGACCCAAGAAUCACAGGAUCUGAAAAAUGAGCAGGUUCCACUUGCUGUUGAGACCCAAGAAUCACAGGAUCUGAAAAAUGAGCAGGUUCCACUUGCUGUUGAGACCCAAGAAUCGCAGGAUCUGAAAAAUGAGCAGGUUCCACUUGCUGUUGAGACCCAAGAAUCACAGGAUCUGAAAAAUGAGCAGGUUCCACUUGAUGCUGACACCAUAAACUCUCAACCUGAGCAGUCAAGCCCAACAUCCGUAUCGGAGGAAAGCAAGAGCUCAGCAAUUGCGGAUUUCCCAGAUGCUGAUGUUCAGCCAUUUUCAGCCUUGCCGCCUCAACUUCCAUGUGAGGUUUCAUCUUCUGAAAGCCCCAUUACAAAGCUUGGUGUAAUUGUUUCUCAACUGUCUGAAGCAGAGGAAGGAGCAUUAUCCAAAGCAAUGGAUGAAUCAAACAAUGUGUUUGUAAAAGUCCCGGUGGUAGAGACAAAUCUGUUAGAGAGUUCUGGGUGCACAGAUAGUCCAAAGCACAACAAAGAAUUGGACAACCCUUCAGUAAGUCAAGAACCUCUCCAAAGUUCAACACCUCAAGACACCUCUCCAAGUCAAGGUCGCCCAGUGGAAGAUGCAUCUAUAUGCCAAGAGCAACUAGAGUCUUCACAUGUUCAGCAGGAGGAUGCAGUGAAGCAAAGUGAAGACCUUGCUGUUUCAGAGCCGAGUGGAGAAAAGGUAGUGUUGCCAGAGGAGUCAAAUGGCAAAGAAUUACUUGACAAUGUUGCUCUCAUCGAGAAGGAUAAAGACACUCAGACUGACAACCAGGCUCUUUCUGCUGAUAUACAAGAAGAGUUGUCUGUACUACCUCAAAGUAGUACAUCUGAAGCCUGUUUAGAUUCUCCACUCAAGCCUAAACCUUUAGAUGCUCUCAGUGGUGAGCUAGAGCCUGGCCAGAGCCCGAGCAGAAACCGAUCUCGUGUAUGGUCACCAUCUGCUUCUCCAUCUACCAGUAUUCUAAAGAAGGGACAGAAGAGAACAUGUGAAGAAGAUACCCCAUCCCCCCUUCAUAAGUCUCGUCGAGUGUCUUUUGCAACCCCAAUUUACCAUCAAGAACUGGCUGAUGAUAUUGACAGACGUAGUCCAGUUAUUCGCACAAGCUCACCUAGGUCAAAAGUCUUGAGUGGACAGUCGAAGUAUAUCACUACACCCACAAAAGGCUAUUCAAGUCUAAGUCCACGUAACCUCCGUAGCCCUGGAUCCAAAAGCUCUAAAAAAUGCCUGAUUUCAGAGAUGAGCCAGGAGCCACAUCCUAUUGCUAAAGAUUGUGUUUAUCCAGCACUUGUUGGCUGCUCUACCCCUGUAGAGGCUGUUUUACCACAGAUAUCCUCCAACAUGUGGCCUCGUGGCUUUGGUCAACUUGUUAGAGCCAGGAACAUUAAAACAGUUGGAGACCUGAGUGCUCUCACCCCUAGUGAAAUCAAGUCACUUCCUAUUCGUUCACCUAAGCUGUCCAAUGUGAGGAAAGCACUUAAAACCUAUCAUGAACAGCAGAGAAAAGGGCGUUCUGAUGACCUCAAGAGUUUUGAUGAAAUGGAGAAAAUGACAUCUGAGCCUGAAGAGAUGGAGCUUCCUCAAAACCAAGAUGAGGAGCAAACACCAGGAGAGGCACAAGAACUUUUGGCAGAUGACAAACCAUCAGAAGUGGGAAUGGAUUCAGGACCGAUGCCCGAGGAGAAAAAAUGUCAAGAUUUGCUCUCAGAUGUUGUAGCACUUGGUGGACGCUUAACUUCAGAGGAACUUGGUCACUGUUCACCCAACCAGUUGGGCCUGAUGCAUGAACAUCUCAGCGGAAUGAUGAGAAGCAUUGUGACCCAUCUGCAGUCCCGCUUGCUGAGUAAUCCUGAUAGCUUACCAUAAGGACAUUUGAGAGAUUUUUCCUGACACAAGAAUUCACUUUUAAAAUUGAAGAUUAACAGUGGACUGUUCAUCCCUCAAGUUUUAGCUUGAAUUUUAGAGUAGAUGAAUUUCUAAUUAUGCUCUCUCAAAGAAUAGAGUUAAAUGGCCAAAAGUCAUUUCCAUUGCUACGCAAGUGUCUAUGUAUUUUAUGGAGUGAUUUUUAAGACUGUAAAAUUGUACCGAGAUGCCAAGGAAACUUUUUUCUUUCUUUUUUUUAAGAAAUAAAACUAUAGUAUUAAUAAAAUCUUUUCUUUUAA